AUGAUGCAAUGUAAUUAUCUUAGCUCAACUGCCAGUACAACAAGAUGCAGGCUGGGUCGCAGUGUUCUAAGUCAGGAGAAGACAGGCGGCGCUCCGAAGCCCGGUCCAGGCCCCCAGCAGCCCCUCUGCUCACACCUGCCAGCAAAGACGCUGGCGUCCCAGAGCUUCAGUCCAGGAGCGGCCCCGGUCGUCCGCCCCUGUGCCCCUGGACACGGGGGUGCCCGGGUCCCCCCCUGCUCUCCAGCCUCUGUAAAACCUGUAGGCUCGUGGCCUUUGUUUCGCCUGGAACCUGAGGGCUUCUACCUGCAGAGACCUGGAACCGAGUCUCCGCCAGCCGACCCCAGUCACCAAAGGAGGGAGCAUGGAGGCCUUGGUGAGCUGGACAGGGAGCCCCUGCAGCCUCUACCCUCCCUAACACUUUUGAAAAUGGGCCAUGAAAAGUGUGACGAAGGAGAACUAUUUUUCUUGAACAUUACCAGCAUGACCGCUUCGAGGCACAAAUUUCUGAAGAAGUUCCUGUGGACCCAGCGACUUCUCCUUAGACAUGUGGCUGUGGACAGCAGGGAAGCCAUCUGGGCCCGGGGCUCCCUGUUGGGAAGACGUCUGGAAACAGCUGCUCGUUCGCGCACAACUGAGGCGUCAGGAUGUGAGCCUGGGCCUGUUUUGUUAAAGUCUGCUUUCAACACCCUACACCCAUCUGCCCAUCUCCCUACAUCCGGGAAAAUUCUAGAAAUUCGGAGAGAGACUUGCUGUCUCUGCACCGGGAACUGCUGA